UAUUUUAUAUUUAGUAAAAUUGAUAUUAGUUAACUUAGAAAUUUUUUCCAAGUAAUUGAAGUUCCUAUAUAAAUUAACAGUUUAUAAUCAAAUUAUAUUAUUUUUGUCGUUGAUGUGGGCCAACGAAUAGAAACGAGCGUUCUGUGACUUUAUUUCAAUUUCUGUCUUGAGAAGGAGAAAUCUCUUCAUGAAAAUUGUGACAGGCUCUGAAAAUGAAAUUGCGCACCCCAUCUUUUCUCAUUGUAGCGACUUGGUAUUGGUCCACCCAACAUUCCUCCCACACAGUAGAGCUGUGUAUCAAGUUCUGCUCACAGUUGGAGCCAAGUUACAGCCGGGACUCUUGCAAGUUCACCGUUCACAUUUCAUUCUCUGUCAUAACAUAAGUGAAUUGUUUACUCCAAGUUGUUAAGUUUAUGAGCACCAUUUGCUUUGGAAAUAUUGGAAAUAAAUGACUUCUAAAAUUUUAAGUGGAAGAAAUCCUAAAUGUGCAAGAUGUAGAAACCAUGGCGUUGUCUCCACAUUGAAAGGACACAAGAAGAUGUGUCACUGGAAAAACUGCACGUGCACUCGAUGCCAGCUGGUACUUGAACGCCAAAGGGUGAUGGCUGUUCAGGUCGCUCUCAGAAGGUAUCAACAAGCUCAAAGUGAUCUUCAAAGUUCUCAUGUGCAGUUACUCAUUUCUCAAAAACAAAUUUACCAGAAACAGUUGAAGCAUUUACAACACGCAACAUCCAUGGAAAAAAGAGUUCAAGAUAAUCAUUCGUCUUGCAAACAGGCCGCUAGCGAAAGCAUCUUAUUGACUAGAAUGAGGAAACGGAAAGCUUUUGCAGACAAAGACUUGGACCGAAUACUGUUGCCAGAGCUAACUAUGUCAUAUCAAAUGAAGAAUGCGAGUUCAAAUCCAUUCAAGUAUAUACAUUUUACAACUGAACAUAAUAGCUCGAAUAAUUCGAAGGAACAAGUUCAAAUAGAGAAAGUGGGUCCAUGCAAGCCAAGACUCUCGUUUUCUGUCGAAUCGAUAAUCGGUGUAAAUUGAAUCAACUUAGAAGUUGUUUUUAAUUGGUCAUUAAAAGAAAAGUGAUGUUAAGUUCAUGAGCAACAGGUGAAAAUUGUCACAAAUCGACCACCUGCUCCGCUCGCUUACUAUGGGCAGCACAAUCACAAUAGGCAACUUGUUUCAGCCAUUCUCAAACAAUAGCUGUGACAACAUCUCAUACAUUAGCUUUGUUAGUAUCUGUACCUUCUGCAAAAUAGAGUUACUAAUAAAGUUAUGAAAAAUGA